CGAAAGAACAGAGACAAAAAGAGUAUAAGCUCGAUUCGAACGAGCUUUAUGAUUAUGAAUGAGCAUACCUAUUAGCUACCUACCUACCUACCUACACGUCGUUUGCGCGCACUUCAAGUUUUCAAACGUUUUUACACUUUUUGAAGGUUACAACGGCGAGUUUUGUUUUUUUUUUUCAUUUCAUUUCACUUCAUUUCAUCGCGUUAUGUAUAAUAUUAUGUUGAAUAUGAGCCGAGCUACCGAACGAGAGUGAGACAGAUAGACUGGCUCAUACGCGCGAUAUAUCGUUUAAUUAACAUACAACGGUGCUCGUACCUACGUUAAGUUCGUCGGCAUAUCACAUCGUGUUCAUUAAAACGCGUGCAACCGGCUUCAAAAGACGACUACUGAGGCAUACUGCCGCAGCAGCCGUAUCCAAUUCAUCUUUUAUAAUAUUUAAUAGUGUUUCAAUUUUUAUCAAUUUUUUUUUGAGUCGUCAAUUUUCAAACGUCGGUUGUUUCGCAGCACGUGAGUGUACUUCUCGUAUGAAUCCGAGCCAAAAAAUCGCAUCGUUGUAGAAAAUUUUGCAGACAUGACUAAAGAAAAGACCGAAGAUUUUAUCAAGACCGCAUUCACCUUGGAGGACUUUCAAGGUCUAGGACGACGCAAAAUAUGGAGACUGGUGAACCUAUUUUUAUCUGAAUUUUUCGCGACGGCUGUCACAGUGUAUUUGGGAUGUGCUAUAAUUCAGUCUGGUCUGUUUGGAAAACCUCAAAAUCAUCUUACUAUUGCGAUAGGUUUCUCAUUCGCUGUCGGAACUUCUAUUACGUUAUUUGGUCAUAUCAGUGGAUCUCAUAUCAAUCCAUGUUUAUCUCUAACGUCGGUGAUACUUGGAAAAAUGUCUUUCUACGUGGCUCUGCUUUACUCAGUAGCACAAUGUUUAGGAUCAUUGUUCGGAUACGCUUUGACGAGGGGUAUUCUGACACCUGAAGCAUCACAAAUCGCCAGCCAAACAAUUACAAGUUAUAAUUUCACAUUUUACUGCGACAGAUGUGUUAAUGCGUACAACCCUCAAUUCACCGUUUGGCAAACGGUGUUCGCCGAAGUAUGGGGUACUGGUAUUUUGAUCUGGGCUGUGUGCAGUGCUUGGGAUUCACGUAACAAACAUCUUCAUGACUCGAUGCCUGUCAAAUUCGCCGUUGUAAUGGUUGCUAUCGUAAUACCCACCGGCUUAUACAGUAGUUGCAGUUUGAACCCAGCCAGAAGUUUUGGACCAGCUUUAUACAACGGUCUAUGGGAAUAUCACUGGAUCUAUUGGGUAGGUCCCAUUCUCGGUACCCUAAUUACAGCUGUACCAUACAGACUGAUCUUCAAACCAUCUCAUAUGGAAGUGAUUCCGGAAUCUAAACGAGAUCCUGCCACACUAUCUUUACGAAACAAUAAAGACGAUGACGCUUAACUCGACUUAAUUUUUUUACAUAAAAUGUAUUUCUUUUCUAAAUUUUUCGUUCAAAUUGUAUAAGAUUAUGAAAUUUUUUGUGUAAGUAUGUACUCGUUUUCGUGUCGUGUUUUUCUUCAUUUUUUUCAGCCUAUUUUUUUCAAUACGAAAAUAUAUUAUUUUUAAAUAA